AUGUAUACUAAACAAGGAUUAAAUUGCUCGGUCGAAGAAAUCCCACUUAAUGAUGCCACGUGCAUUGCAGUAGUAAUUGAUAACCAUACAGCUGUGAAUGGUAUCUACCGUUCACCGUCACAAAGAAGCAUCGAUCCUUUUCUCCUUUCCCUAGACAAAUUACUUUCGCAAUAUAAAAAUUAUCGUAACCUAAUUUUAGCUGGUGAUUUAAACAUAGAUAUCAAAUCUUGCAACGAAGAUAAAAAUUCGGAAGGCUAUUUAAAUUUAUUAGCAUCACAUGGGAUUCUUCCAGGACAUACGUACCCCACAAGAGAAAGCAACUGCAUAGACCAUCUUAUGAUAAAAACAACCUUUGAAUCUUCUACAAUAGUUAUAGAUGCUCCUAUUACAGACCAUUGCGCUGUAUUAGGCUCAAUUACUAAAACGCCUUAA